CCGCCCCAAAGGACUACAUUUCCCAGCAUGGCCCAGCCCGCACCGUGGCAGGCACCGCCGAGCCUCAGGGUGUAGGUAGAAGGAGCUGGCAGUUAGGGCGGGGCGGACACGGGGGGUUCGCGGAAGGUGGCGGCGACAUGGAGGCCGGCGCGGGGGGCUCGCGCGCGCUGCCGGCGGGCGACGCGCGGCCGCGGGGCCACCUGGCCGCCCUGGUGCUGGCGCGCGGCGGCAGUAAGGGGAUCCCGCUGAAGAACAUCAAGCUGCUGGCCGGCGUGCCGCUCAUCGGCUGGGUGCUGCGCGCCGCCCUCGACGCAGGGGUCUUCCACAGUGUAUGGGUUUCUACAGACCAUGAUGAAAUUGAGAAGGUUGCAAAGCAGUUUGGUGCUCAAGUUCAUCGCAGAAGCCCUGAAGUGUCUCAAGACUCUUCUACUUCUCUAGAAACUAUCAGAGAGUUUCUUAAUCGUCAUCAUGAGGUUGAUAUUGUAGGAAAUAUUCAAGCAACAUCUCCCUGUUUACAUCCCAGUGAUCUUAUAAAAGUGGCAGAUCUGAUCCAGAAGGAGGGCUUUGAUUCUGUCUUCUCUGUUGUAAGACGGCAUCAGUUCAGAUGGAGUGAGGUAAAAAAAGGAGAAAACAAAAUGACAGAGCCCCAAAACCUGAAUCCAGCAAAACGAUACCGGAGGCAAGAUUGGCCUGGAGAGCUGUAUGAAAAUGGCUCGUUCUACUUUGCUAAGAGGCAUUUGAUUGAGAAAGGCUACUUGCAGGGUGGUAAAAUGGCCUACUAUGAAAUGCGUGCUGAGCACAGCGUCGAUAUUGAUAUAGACAUUGACUGGCCUAUUGCGGAGCAAAGAGUGCUAAGCUUUGGAUAUUUUGGUAAAGAGCCAUUAAAAGAGGUGAAGCUAUUGGUUUGCAGUAUUGAUGGAUGCCUGACAAAUGGUCGCAUUUAUGUGACAGAAGAUCAGAAGGAAAUGAUCUCUUAUGAUUAUAGAGAUAUUGUUGGGAUUGAUCUCUUAAAGAAAAGAGGAAUCCAGGUUCGACUUAUCUCUGAAAGAGAUUGUUCAAAAACGCUGUCGGCCAUGCAGCUGGGAUGCGUAGCAAAAGUUAACGCAACAAAUAAAUUACAAGUCCUAGAGGACUGGCGAAAAGAUAUUGGUUUGAGCUGGAAAGAAGUGGCUUACUUAGGAAAUGAAGAGUCUGAUGUGGAAUGCCUGAAAAAUGCUGGCAUGAGUGGUGUGCCUGCUGAUGCUUGCGCAGUUGCUCAGAAGGCCGCUGGUUAUAUUUGUAAAAGCAAUGGCGGCUGCGGAGCCAUCCGAGAGUUUGCAGAACACAUAUUCCUGUUGUUAGAAAAAGUGAACUCAGCAAGAAAGCAGAUGGGAGAAGUGAGUUUAGUAGGACAGGAAACUGGGGGAAGUGAGAACAGCAGGAGAUAAGGAACUAAUGAAAAAGAAAUAACACAGUUGUUCUCUCCUGCUUUUCUCCUUUUCCCCUUCCCCUCCGAAUAUGUCUGUAUCCCAAAGGAUAGCUUGCCUUUCAGCUUUGACAGGUAGAGUUAAAAGGAUGUUUCCCUCUAGUUUAAGGUCCCACUUUGAUUAAAUGCUGAGAACAUUUGUAUUCAUUAUUUUAAAAGCCAUAUAAGUGCAGUGGAAGGAAUGCUACAAAAGGUAGGGUCCUGUAAAUGUUCUUUUAGUCAUUAUACCUAUUCUACAGGAAUGUGCUCUUAUUUCAUAAUUGAACAUUUUCAGCAAUGAUUUCUUUUUAUGAUUUGAGGAUUUAUGAUUCAGAUUUCUGGCAGUUUUGUUCCGUCAGUUGUGCUCCUUUUAUUUAUGCUUCCUGUAGCAAAUGUCAACAUGAUGUUGUAACUGUGUGCUUGCUUUUUGAGAUGCAUCUCUAAUAAGCAUGAGUUUUAGCAUAUGCUGGAGAAGUCAGGUGUGAAAUAACUAUCAAACUUUCUCCUAUAUUUUUAAAAGAGAGUUCAGAUAUUAUAAAACCAGUCAAUAUUAGUUAAGAAAAGCAUUUAAGCAUGUGCUCAAUUUUAAGCUUAUAAAUAAUUAAAUGGUGCUUGGAGUUGUGUCUCUUAACUUUGAACCUCUUCAAGUACUUAAACUCAGUUAAUUAAAAUGAAACUCAGUAAAUUAACAUACCCAAAUGCUUUGCUGAAUUUGAAGCUGAAGUUCCCAUUAACUUUGAGAUCUAUCUAUUGCAGAAACUGUUUCUUUCUAUGAAGGCUUUAUUAAAAUAAUUAACAACAGAAAAGAUCUUUAUUGUAUGAAAAAGUAAUUGCUGUAAAAAAUUCAUAGUUGAGGUUUGUGGGUUUAUAUAAAGCAUACAUUCAGACUAUUUUUAACAUGUUAAUUUAAAACUGGUGUGUCUGUAUGUGUAUUUAUGUAAAAUACAAUUUUUAUCCUGUUUUGAUUUAA